AUGCGCCGCUUUUUCAUCGGACUUCUGUGGAUCUUUAUCAACACUUGCAUUAAUCCUGUCCAUAACCAGGAGGAGCAGAUAAAGCGCUUUUUGUGCACCGCUGCCCCCAUAGAUAAGGACUCGAGCUGUUCCGUCCAACAGGAGUUUGUACAAAAGAUUCAUGAUAAGGAGUUCAGGAAGACGCUGGUGCAGCUAAGAGAAACAGUACAGCAGCAACAGGACACUAUAGUAAACCAGCUGGGUACCAUUACCGAGCUCACCUCCAAACUGUCCCAGUGUGAAUCUGUCUCUGACCAGUCCACAUCUGCAGCACAGUGGAGCACCAGCGGCAGGGACACCAUGGAUGAUGUACCCAGAGACCCCACCGAAACUCUGGAUGCUCUGAGCAAGACCAUGCAGAGUCUAAAAGACCGACUCCAAAACCUCGAGCAACAACAAAUGCGAGCCAAUCAGUCUGGAGCUCCAUUUCCCAAAGAGCUGCGGGACCUGCUGCAGCGCAGGCUGGGGGACCUGGAGGGCCAGCUCCUUAAAAAAGUCAUCGAUCUAGAGGAGGAAAAAUUCCAGCUACACAAUGAAAGCUCAGCUCAUCGGCAGCGCACAGACUCCACCCUCAGCUCCCUCAUGAACAGAGUCGCUGACCUGGAGAAAGGUAAUACUGGGUUCAAGUCCCCUGAGGAUUUCAAACUCUCCUUACCGCUGCGCACAAACUACCUUUUUGGUCGGGUAAAGAAGAGCCUGCCAGAAAUGUACGCUUUUACCGUGUGUAUGUGGCUCAAGUCAAGCGUCAGCCAUGGCAUCGGGACCCCUUUUUCCUAUGGUGUAUCUGGUCAAGCGAAUGAGAUUGUGCUGAUUGAGUGGGGCCACAAUCCUAUCGAGCUACUCAUCAAUGAUAAGGUGGCACACUUACCUCUGUUUUUAAAUGAUGGAAGGUGGCACCACAUCUGCAUUACCUGGACCACCAGAGAUGGGAUGUGGGAGGCCUAUCAGGAUGGGCAAAGACUGGGUGCAGGUGAAAACCUGGCCCCAUGGCAUCCAAUUAAACCUGAUGGAGUCCUCAUUUUGGGCCAGGAACAGGACAUUGUUGGGGGACGUUUUGAUGCCACUCAGGCCUUUGUGGGUGAGCUGAGUCACUUCAACAUCUGGGAUCGGAUUUUGGGUCCCACAGAAAUCAGCGCAAUGGUCAACUGCUCCUUCUACACGCCAGGCAAUGUGGUGUCCUGGGAUGAUAGCAACAUAGAGGUGUUUGGUGGUGCCACUAAGGGGCAGCUUGAGUUGUGUGAAGAUUAA